AUGGCAAGAACAUCAAAAGUACUCCUUCAUCAAAUGCGCGGAGGUCCUCUAGUUGUGCAGUUUCUAGUCGUCCUGCUGGCGCAUGGUGAUCUGAUUCCUGCCGUGCGAGGGUAUUUCUUAUUGGAUCUGAAAGGUACUAGCGGCGGCGGGCCUGGCCACGAAGAACAACAAGUCGAUGUGGAUCAUGAACUACAAGACCCUAUCAAAUGCAAAAAUGUCUGGGUCUGGAAGAAUGCAAGUUGUGAUGCUGCAUUUGGAUGUCUAAAAAAUUUAUGUUGCAUGAGCAGCAAAAGGAGUCUAAUUUUUGCUACGCCGAGAUGGCAUUUGUUUUUGUCAUGCGGAAUAGGCAUCAAGAAUCGCACAAAAAACCUGUGAUGCUAGGGCAUGCAUCACAGACGUCAUGGCCCAUGCAAACCGUGCAUGACAAGUCUCGGAAUCUUCCAGACCCAGACAUUUUUGCAUUGGAUAGACCCGACUCCCGAG